CUGAUAAGAUGCUCGUGAGCGUGUGUGUCGAGCGUCCGCGUUAAAAAAUUUUUUCGCUGCGUGCCAUCAAAAUGCAAGAUCACUGAGAACAAUCACAAUCAAAAGAGUAUCAAAUCAAAAUAAUAAAAACAAAAACAAUUACUUAAAGUUAACAAAUUCAUAAAUUGCAAGAGCACAGCGCCAACGCCUAAGCGGCUCAUCAAGCAAAUGGCGCUGCUGCUGCCAAUGCCUAGAAAUGGUUUUGGCUUAAACUGUUACUGGUAUUCCCAGCUUACCUAAAACGAAAACAACAAAAAAUAUUACACGCAAGAAAAAAAAACUAUAAACAAACAAACACUGAGUGCGAUAGAGACGGAGUGAGAAAGAGAGCGCGCGCGCCCGCCCGCCCGCCAGCCAACCGCAAGGAAGGCGCGAGUGCAAGCGAGCGAGAGCUUAAGUCUCUUGCUCUGGGGCAGCGCAUAGGAAAUGGGUCCGAAGAAGCGUUCCAGCGUUGCUGAGCGCCAGCAGCGCGCCACAAAUGCUGCUGCCGCUGCGACGUCGGCAGCGACGUCAACGGCAGCGACGUCAACGGCAGCGACGUCGACGGCAAAGAAGCGCAGCAUUGGCAAGCAGCAGAAGCUAAUGGACGAACCGGAUGAUAAAAAGAGUAGCAAAGCCGAAGCAGCAGCAGCAACAACAACAACAACAGCAACAACGUCAGCAGCAGCAGCAGCAAAGCGACAGCAGACAGCAGCAGCAACAGCAACAGUUGCUGCUGCAACAACAACAUCGACAACAACAACGGCAGCUGAUAAAGCCAGCAGCUCGACGACACUGAAACUGUCCGCAGAGGAGCGGCAGGAGGAUGGGAAGGCGCGAGCCAUCAACAAGAUGCUGAAGAGUCUGGACAUCAAGAUCCAUGGCUUUGACAAUCUGUUGCCCAGCGGCGAGGAGCGCAUAGGCGAGGGCCUCAAGUCUUCCAUAUCGGAGAACGUGAAGACGAAAUCGCGGGCGGCGGCGGUCAAGGUGAUAGCCAGCCUGAAUCCGGGCAAGCCGUUCAAUGUGAAGCGCCAGCGGGUGGACAACGAGUCGAGCCGAGCGGAGAGGGAGCGCGAAAGGGAGAAGGAGAGGGAGCGCGAAAAGGAAAGGGAAAAGGAGCGUGAAAAGGAAAGAGAGAAGGAAAAGGAAAAGUCCAAGGAACCGGAGGCAGUAUUAGGUGAGCCAAAGGAUGCUCAUUGCGAUAGCAAAGAAUCUCCCGGCGCCAAGGGUGCCAAACAGUCGUCCAAGAAGGCCAAGCUGGAGCCGCCGACGAGCGGCAGCAAGGGAUCAAAGGCGCCGCCCAAGAAGCAGCAACAGACGCCAACGUCGCAGGCGGCCGAGACGCCGGCAGCGAAAAAGGAGAAGCUGCGCGCUGCAGCAGCUGUGGCCAGGGGUGGCAAAAAGUUGCAAGCAGCUGCAGCUGCAGCAACAACAACAACUCCAGGUGAAACCGAGUCCAGUAAAGCCAAGACACGCACCCAGCUGGACUCCAAUACGGAGCUGGUACAGAUGGAGCUGGAGGAGAUCAAUACCACACAGGCGCCUCUAGCGGCAGCCACGCCCACGCCAGCCCAUACGCCCACGCCGGCAGCUACACCCACGCCCGCAGCCACACCCACGCCCACGCCGACGCCGACGCCAACGCCCACACCCACGCGCACACCCACACCCGCAUCCGCAUCCGCAUCCGCAUCCACGCCCAUUGAGUCAACGCCCACGGGCAGCAGCGCAGCAGCCGCCACAGCGGCGUCGGCCAAGCAGCGGCCCAAAAUCAAGUACAGUAAAACAUCGGCGAGCAAGGCGCGACUGCAGCAGGCCUGCAGCAAAACGGCGCUCGCCAACCUGAACGCGGCCAAGGAUAUUUACGACUUCAAGUCGGGAUCGGAGGACGAGGAGCCGAUCAAAAUGGUGCUGCCAACGCUGAAGGAGCUGCGCGACUUUUCCGACGAGGACAACAAGCCGCUGAAGCAGCUCGAGCAACGGCUGCUGGCCAAGGAGGCCAAGGAGGUGAAGGAGUUGAAGGAGUUGAAGGAGUUGAAGGAGACGGCGGAGCAGACGACGGCAACUGUUGCAGCUGUGGAGGCGCCGCCUGAGCCGCUGCCCAGCGCUGCCAAGGGCGGCAAUAAGAAGCAGAUUAAACGUAAGCCAAAUACGCCCACGCCAGCGCCGGCAGCGGCAGCGGUAGCAGCAGCAACAGCUGCUGCAACGACGACAGCAGCCGCUACAACAGCAACAGCUGCUGCUGGCAAAAAGAAGCCAGCGGGCGGAAAAGCGAAGCAGCCAACGCCGCCGGCAGCGGCCAGCGAGAGUUCCCGCUCGGAGAGCAGCGACUCGGAGGACGAGAAGAAGCUGAGCAGCUACGGGGCGAAGCGGCAUCGCAUGGCCUCGCUGAAUGCGCUGGCCAAGGUGCAGUGCCUCUACGAGAACGAGUCGCGCACGGCCCACGAGCUGGGCCUGUCGAAGGCGACGCAGCAGCCGCCGCGCAUACGGACGCUGGACGGCAGCGAUGAUGACAACAAUCGCGGCGAUUUGCCGCCGGACAAGGAUAAGGACAAGGAUAAAGACAAGGACAAGGACAAGGACAGAGAUCGCGAUCGAGACAAGGAUAAGGAUAAGGGCAAAGAUCGGGAUAAGGGCGAUGCGGAGAAGGCCAAUGUGGCUGUGGUGGAGCCACGGCGAGAGCUGCGCCAUGUGACGGGUGGCCGUGGCGUGGGCAAGCACUGGGAGCUCGAUAGCGACAGCGAGGCGGAGGAGCUGCAGCUGCAGCGUUUCCAGCAGCAGAAGAAGAAGAAGCUGCAGAAGAAAGCGCCCGCCAAGAAGCCCAACGACACAGAGUCGAAGAAGAAGGCGAACAAGAGGGUUCAGCUGGAGGACAGCGACGAUGCGGACGAGGACAAGGACAGGGACAAGGAGAAAGACAAGGAGAAGGAUGACGACAAGAGCAAGUCCAAGGACAAAGACAAAGACAAGGACAAGGAGAAAUCGAAGCCGCCACCCAAGCAGCUGCCCAAGAAGCGGAAAAGCGCCUUCCACGAGGAGCUGAUUGGCGACUACAAGGGCAUAUUGGCGCGCAAGCGCAUGGCCAGCCUGAAUGCCAGCGCGAUUGUGGCGGCCACGUACGAGGUGGAGCGGCACUUGGAUAAGAAUCUGGCCAGCGAUUGCAGCAGCUUCGAGAGCUACGACGAGCUGGAGAUUAGCAAGCCGACGGUGACAAAGGCAUCCGCAUCCGCAUCCGCAUCAGCAUCGGCAUCCGCAUCCGCGUCAGCAUCGUCGUCUAGCAAAUCGAAUGCGUCGAAGGCAGCGCAAGCACAGCAGACCGAGGUGCUGCACAUCAAGAAGGAGCCAAAGGAGCCGAAGGAAACGCGCGAAUCGAAGGAGGCCAAAGAGCUGAAGGAGCUGAAGGAUGCGGCGCUGAGCAACAAGCCGCAGAGCAACAUGAUCGAGGAGAGCAACGAUUCCAAGUACUCCAAGGAGACGAAGGAAACGAAUACGGAUACCACCAUCACAACGACUGGGUAUCGCGGCGACUCGAGCAGCGCCAAGGAUGCCAAGGACUGCAGCCGUCCGACCUCAUCCAGUGUGGUCAUCGUCCAGGACACGGACGUCACCAUCACCGGCGUCUAUGUGAAUGCCAGCAACGGCGCCGCCCAGGAGGCCUACUGCAAAAUGCAAUAUCGUGUUCAGUCCAGCGUCACCGAGGAGCGGCUGCUGCGACCCGGCUCCGUGGAGCCACCCAAAUCCUAUACGCCGCUCAGCGCACUCUCCAGCAUGCUGCCGCCGGGCGCCAGUUCCGGACUCAGCGAGGCUCACAGCUCGCCGCCGUUGCCAGUGCAGGCGCCGGCUCCGCAUGUCCUGCUGCCCGGCGAGCCGCUCAGUGCGGGCAUGUACCAUGCCCCGGAUCUGGGCCUGCAUACGGAGCACAUGCCGCCGGAUCAUCAUGGACCGCCGCCGCCGUCGUAUGCAGCCGCUGCGGCUGCUGCGGCCGCUGCCGCUGCCGCCUACCACGCCCACCAGCUGGCGCCCGCGGGCAGCGGCGUGCUGCACAUGCACCAUCAGCAUCAGUAUGCGGCCGCCCAUGCGGCGCAUGCGGCGCACGCCCAUCACUACCAGCAGGCGGCCGAGUAUCAUGGCGGUCCGCCACCGCCGCCGCCUCAUCACUACGGCGGGCCGCCGCCCCAGGGGCAUUACGGUCCGUUGCCGCCGCCGCCGCAGGUGGGUCCGCCGGCCGUGCCGCCGGACCGCUGUGACGUUGGCUCACCGCCGCCCUCGUAUCGGGCGAGUGCAUAUCCGCCGCCGCCGCCCGCCGGAGUGCCACCGACACUGGGCGGCGGCUCGAGCGCCUUCUGUGCGCCCAAUCCCCAUCAUCAUCAUCAGCAGCACCAGCAGCAGCCGCCCCCGCAUCAUGAUCCCAGCGGUUAUUAUCAGCCGGCGGGUCCGCUGAUCUCGCCGCAUGUCAUUGCGCCACCGCCACCGUCAGCCACAACAGCAGCAGCCGCUCAGGCAGCGGCAGCCGCAGCGGCGGCCGCAGCAGCUGCAGCAGCAGCAGCGACAACACCAACACCAACAUCAGCAGCAGCAGCAGCAGCUGGUGUGCCACAGCCAAUCAAGAAGCUAAGCGAGGACGAAUCGCCGACAAAUCCAACCAGUGCCGCACAGACUCAGCCGCCAGCGCAGCAGGAAUCGUCAGCCGCGGCAGCAGCAGCUGCAGCAGCAGCGGCAGCAGCAGCAGCAGCUCACCAGCAACAGCAGCAACAGCAGCAACAACAGCAGCAGCAGCAGCAGCAGCAACAGCAGCCGCAACAGCCACAGCCACAGCCGUAUCCGGGCGCCAGCGCCGUGGCGGCUGCUGCAGCGGCCGCUGCCGGUCAUCCGGGCGUGCCAUAUCCGCGCUCUAUGCACGCGGCCCAGAUGCACUACUCGACGGCAUAUCCGCCCAACUAUUAUUCACCGUAUCCGGGCGAGGUCAUGUGCUAUUCGCCGCCCGCCUAUCAGCCGUACUUCUCCAGCAAGGUCUAUCAGAGCGGCCCGCCGCCGCCCACACAUCCGGCUGCGCAUCCGCCGCCACCGCCGCCGGGCGCGUAUCGACGCUAUCCGUAUUAUCAGCACGCUGGGCCGCCGCAUCCGCCGCCGCCGGAGCUUUACGAACAGCAACCGCCGCCACCGCCGCCGCAAGGUGUGCCCCAGCCGCCGCCGCAGCAGCAGCAGCAACAGCAGCAGCAGCCGGUCUCGAUUGCCGCAGCGGCAGCAGCUGCCGCCGCCGCCGCAGCUGCAGCAGCAGCGGCCGGUGCCACGCCCGCCCCGGCCGGCACCCAGCUGGUGCCCGCCCACCAGCACCAACAGCACCUGGAACAUUACCCGGGACCGCCCAGCUACUACGCCGGAUACAGUCCAGGAGGCGGCAGCGCCGCCGGCCAGUGCUACACGCGCGGUCUGCAGGGUCCGUAUAUGGAGUAUCCGCCGCAGUGUCCGUGUCCAAUGCAACAAUCGUGUCCAAAAAACGUCCAUACUGGGCCUCAUAUUGGUAGCAACAGCAACAGCAGCAGCAGCAGCAACAGCAUCAGCCACAACAGCAAUUGUUCCACGCAGAAGACGAGCAGCAGCAGCAACAAUUUGCUGCUGAAUGCUACGAGCCACAGCAGCAACAGCAGCAGCAGCAGCAAGACAAUAGCAACAUUAGCAACAUCAGCAACAGCAACAGCAACAGAAACAGCGCUGACUACCAGUAGAGGCCCAGUUAAAAAUGGCAACAACGAUAAGACAAGGACAACUAGCAGAGAUACGACAACAAUGACAACGACAAUGCCGACGGCAACGGCAACGGCGGCAACGAACACAACAGCAACAGUUGCCUCCGUUGCAACAUCGGCCACAACGACCACCAACAACAUGGGCACCCAAUGCCAGAUGCUGGUCAAAACUGAGCUCAAGAGCGACGCCGAGUGCCAGGUGACCAAAAUGCAAUACGAGGCGCAUGUGAUGCCGCCGCCAACUCCGCCGGAGAGCUACUGUGCCAGCGACGACAAGUUGCUGGAGGAGCAGGAGCAGGAACAGGAGCACGAGCACGAGCACGAGCACGAGCAUGAGCUGGAACUCGAGCAGCGGCAGCAGCAGCACCAUCAGCAGCAACAAUUGCAACACCUGCAACAGCAACAGUUGCAGCAGCAACAUGCCAAGGAUAUUGAAUCCUAUGACUUAACGGGCAGCACGCCGCCGCCUCCAGUUGUGAUGCCUCGUAAGGCGCGCAUUGGCAAGAGCAUGGCCAGGGAGAUGGUCUAUGCGGCGCAACAGCAGCAACAGCUGCAACAGCAACACCUGCUGCAACAGCAACUGAAACAUAAAGAACAGCAACAGCUUCUCAGCAAACAGGCUGAGGCCGAACCACAAUUGCCUUUUGUACUUAAAGCAGAAAUCAAAGCGGAAACCAAAAUCAAAAUCGAGCACGAUGAGCUAGCGGCAGCAGCAGCAGUUGCCGCUGCYUCAGCAGCUUUAACGGCGGCCACAUGCAACACACAUAUCAGCAAAAUGCCCGAUCUGAAGCCCACAAUUAAGACGGAGCCGGAGCUCGACUUGGCCAUGCAAAAGCCACAGCAGCUAGAGCAGAACAUGGAGCAGGAGCAGGAGCAGCAGCAGCAGCAGCAGCAGCAACAAUUGCCGCCUAGCAGCAGCAGCAGCAGCAGCAACAGUGGCAGCAGCAGUGUUGCCAAGCAGCGCAUCAAUUUGCUUGCCUCGGCCACGCAGGGCAAGAAGUCAAAGCCGCACAGCUACAAGAGUCUGAUCAAGCAGGCGGAGCCAAAGAAAUAUCUGUGUCCGGGCCGUAAGUUCGUGCGGCGCUACGGCCGAGCGCCGGCCAAAUAUGUGAAGCGCCGGCAAAUGUUGCUGACGCAGCGACAGCAACGUUUGCGUCGCGAGCAACAGCAGCAGCGCAAGCAGCAACAGCAGCAACAACAACAGCAGCAGCAGCAAGAGCAGCAGCAGCAGCACACGCAAACAGCAGCAGCAACAGCAACUGACGAGGCAACAGCAGCAACAGCAACAGCAACAGCAACGGCAGCUGCAGCAGCAACAUUGGCUCUGGCCAACAGUUGCUCGCCCAGCGCCUCGCCGAAGCGCGCGCGUCCGCGCAAGCAAGCGAUUGCCGCACUGCAUCUGCUGGACAGUUUGGAUACGACGCUGACGCGUGGCUAUUUCAGCGAUCCGGAGCUGAACAGCAGCAGCAGCAGCAACAGUCGCAGCACGGCCAACGUUGGGCUCUAUGCGCCGGCCUUACCGUCGCCGCUGCUGGCGCCGCAGCCGCAGUUGCAGUCGCAGUUGCAGCCGCAGUCGACGUUGGCGAGCGAGAAGCGCUCCAAGUCGGAGACGAAGAAGCCGCUAACCCAAGCGAAUUGUGCGGCCAGCGCUGUGUUGGCGUCGCUGGCGACGACGACAGCAGCGACGCUGCCAGCGCAGUCAACUACCUCAGCUGGCGUUGAGCCGCCGGCCAAGAAGGCGCGCAAGCAGCCGGCCAGCAAGGCCAAGGCCAGGCCGGCAACGGCCAAGAGUCGAAAGGCAGCGGCAACAGCAGCAGCAGCAGCAACAAUAGUUGCUGCAACAGCAACAGCAACAGUUGCUGCCGAGACCAACAACAAUGAGUAUCAAACGGCUGACUUGCAGGUGCAAAAACUAAAUGCCACGCCCACAGUGCCAGUUGGUGCUGUUGCUGUGCACGAAAUGUUGCCAGCAACAGCAGCAGCAACAGUCGCAGCAGCAACACAGUCGCAGCAACAUUCCGAUGAGCAACACAAGUUCCUGGUGCCCCACAAGCCAAUUGAGACACCAACAACGCUCACAGCGCCCACAACAACAGCAACAGCGACAGCAGCAGCAGCAGCAACAACAACAGCAGCAGCAACUACAGCAUCCGCCGCAACACGCCACGCCCCAACGGCAACGCACACGAAACGCGCCCGUUCGCGUUGCAAAUUCGGCAACCGCAAGAAGCAGCGACAGCGGCCCAGCGGCGUCAGCCACGAGCUGGACGAGACUCAGCCGCCGGCAACGCGGGCCAAUGUGGUGCCCAAGUGGAACAACGGCUGGAUGUGGGCGGGCAAGGCGUUUCAGGGUGCAGUGUUUCUCAAUAGCGAUGAUCCGUUGGUGCUGCGCACCUGCUAUCCGGCCAUGCGGCAUGUGGAGGGGGACAUCAUACGCACGCGCGACUGUGUCCUGCUGAAGGCCAACGAGGACAACGAGCUGCCCUAUGUGGCCAAGGUGGCGCAUCUAUGGCAGAAUCCCGAGGAUGGUGAAAUGAUGAUGUCGCUGCUGUGGUAUUAUCGGCCAGAGCACACGGAUCAGGGCCGGCAGCGCAACGACUGCCCGGACGAGGUGUACGCAUCGCGGCAUCGGGAUCACAAUUCGGUGGCCUGCAUCGAGGACAAGUGCUACGUGCUGACCUUUAGCGAGUACUGCAGAUAUCGACGACGUCUGCGCGCCGCCGAGGAGGAUGUGGAGGAUGUGAGCAUUGUGCCGCGACGCACCAAUACGAGCAAUUGCUUUCCGGUGCGCACCGUGCCGGACCAAACCAAUCCGGAGCUGGUGAUGUUCUGCCGGCGCGCCUACGAGUUCCGCACGCGCCGCCUGCUCAAGCUGCCGCAGAAGAAUGCGCUGGUCUGCAGCUAGCGCCGGGCCUUGUAGGGCUAUGCCCUCAUGGAGCAUCCAAUCAGAGUUGGGAAUAUGGACGAGCGAGACGAAUGCGGCAUAUGUGGACGGGGAUCGGGUCCAACUAUGUCGCCAACAACAGUCUGGAUGAAGGCCUCUCAUAGGCUAAGACAACACACACACACACACACACGAACACGAGCACACACAUACAGACGACCAAAAUGGGGAGAGCAAAAUGAAUGAAUGGAAUUGGAUGCAGCACACGCAGUUGAAUUUCAAGCAAAUCUUUUGUAUUACAUAACUCCUUAUUUAUUACAACAACAACAACACAGACACACACACACACAUACACCACUUGUUAUUAAGCUAAAUGUAUUUAUUAUGAUUAAGUUUAGUCAGCAAUCUUGUUUCAGCUCCUUAUUAUUCUAAAUGUGUAUAUGCUUUUAUGAUUUGUUAACUCAUCUACUUAUGCUUAUUUCCGAGACUCUACUCUAUUCAAAAAAAAAAAAAAGGAAAAAUGAAACAUAAUUAACUAAUGCUCAGGCAAACACUUUGCGCACACACUCUGGCGACUUCAGCAACAAACGAAGGGAACAGACUUUGAGGAGAGUUGA